AUGGAGAUUUCUUCUCACCAGUUUCACCUCUUGCAGCAACUGAAUGAGCAGCGCAGGCAAGACUUGUUCUGUGACUGCAACAUCCUGGUUGAGGGAAAGGUCUUUAAAGCACAUCGCAAUGUGCUGUUUGCCAGCAGCGGCUAUUUCAAAAUGCUCCUUUCGCAGGGCUCGAAGGAGACGAGUCAGCCGACGACGGCUACUUUCCAGGCAUUUUCUCCUGACACAUUUACAGUCAUUCUAGAUUUUGUGUAUUCGGGCAAACUGUCUCUCACCGGUCAGAAUGUCAUCGAAGUCAUGUCGGCUGCCAGCUAUCUGCAGAUGACCGAUGUUAUCAGUGUGUGUAAAACGUUCAUUAAGUCGUCGCUGGACAUCAGUGAGAAGGAGAAGGAUCGCUACUUCAGUCUGUCAGACAAAGAUGUAAAUUCAAAUGGCGUGGACCGAUCCUGCUUGUACAGCGCUGGCUGGAGGGCAGAAAGCAGCCCCCCGCAUUCGCACUUAAGUCCAGAUCAAGGGACGUGUAUGAUGGGUGGAAACGCUUGGAGCAAUUUCAGCUACUAUCCGACUUCUCAAAGAAAUGCCCAGCAACAGCUGUCCAAACACGAGCAAAGGCAGGAUUCCAUGAAGAAAUCCCGGCACCUGGGACUGCAGCAACCUUCUGACAUUCCUCACUAUAAAUCGAGCAAACUGGAGGACAGGGCUGCCGAGCCCGCUGGCCGUAUUGCUCAGUCCGAGGAGCAAGUUCCCAUUGAAACAGAAGUUGAAUCUCCUCACGUGGGAUACCAGUACGGCCAAGGGUCUGACGUGAUUCCGAGGAGCUUGGCUGUGUCGCAGCAGGAGCAUGAAUCACCCCGUUCUUCUAGUAAAUCGAAGUCUUCAAAAGCAGACGAGCAGUACGCGAGCAUGCCCUCGAUUCUGGGAGUCAUGGGAAGCUGGGCUGAAGAUGAUCUGCCCAGGAUGAGGUUCAAGUGCCCAUUCUGCACUCAUGUGGUGAAAAGAAAAGCAGACCUAAAGCGUCACCUUCGCUGUCAUACGGGAGAGCGCCCUUACCCUUGUGAGGCAUGUGGGAAAAGAUUUAGCAGGCUAGAUCACCUAAGUAGCCAUUUUCGAACAAUUCAUCAGGCUUGUAAGCCUAUCUGCAGAAAGUGUAAACGCCACGUGACUGAGCUAACAGGACAAGUGGUCCAAGAGGGGACAAGACGUUACAGACUCUGUAAUGAGUGUUUGGCUGAAGCUGGCAUAGACAGCAUUCGCAUUGACUUGGAGGCUGAGGCGCCCCUUGAAUUUCCACAAGAUGGGGAUAAGGAUUCCAGGUGGCACUAUGGGGAAGACAACAGAUCUGAUGUGGAGAUCGUGGAGGACGGGUCAACCGACUUGGUCAUUCAGCAAGUUGAUGACAGUGAGGAUGAAGCAGACGAAAAGGAAGUAAAACCAAAUAUUAGGUAGUUGCAAGACAAGAAUUAGGAAUUCCAUGUAAGAGGGAGAAUGUACUGUCUCGACCAUAAGCCCUCCACCAGCCUGUUGUUACCGUACAGAGACAUACUGGUUUCUUUUGAACAGGUCCAGACUUGCAUGUAUUUAUGGACGUGCCAUUGAGUCCAUUCUGAGUUUUGUUAUCAGAAUACCCAUACUUUUGCUUCAUUAGAAAGAAUCCAUCCUUAAAUGAAAUAAUGGAUGAACAAGGAAACUGAAGUACUACAUGGAUAACUUUUUAUAGUAGAUAAUGGGUCACUUCUCAAAACUUCUUUCAGGGGAGUGAAGUCUAAAUACUUUAAAAAAAAAAAAAAGUCACACAGCACUGUAAACAGCCCACUUUUUAAAUUUGUAGAGAUGUGGGGUUUAUAUGCAGUAUCAUCUGGUGAUAAACAAAGUAUAAAUACCCCACACACCAGAAUAUAAAGAAAACCUCUCUUCAGUAUUCAGAAAUGAAGAUAAUCUUCCAUGAAAUUUCAUGAAGUCUUCAUAUU